AUGGCCGACGAGGGUGGCAAGCCGCCGCCGCGGCGAUCGCUGGCCAGCGCUGUGUCCCGCUUGAACUUGGCUAAGGCGGGGUCGUCGACCAAGCUCCAAGGCGGACCGCGGAUGCUCGCGGCACCGCUUCCGACAAACGCGGACCUGGACAUUGAGGAAGCUAUGGACCAAGUGCAUUAUGACUCGCCCUUCCUCACAUCUCGUCCAUCGCUUGUGACUCCAUUCGAACCGCGAACACGUCCUCCCCUCACGGGUACGCCGGCGGUCAAGGAACCGGUUGCAGAUCCGGAAGAAUCUGAACCAUCCCCCGCCGCCGUCCUUGCCCCGCGGCUGUCGGACUUGUCCAAGUCGCCGUGGUCGGGCAGUAGCGGCCGCCAACCCGCGAGCAUCAUGGACGUGAUCAAUGCCGUCAACUUUGAAAAGAAGAUGGCCAAGAAGCUGCAUAAAAAGAUCCAAGCACGCAAACGCGCAGCCGAAGCAGUGUCCAUCGUCGUGAAGAAAGCCAAGCGCGUGAGUCGAAGCAUGACGAUGAACCGGCGCAAUGGCGUGACCAUGGACGCUAGCCAGCUGGAAGAAGAGCUCAACAAUCUCUCGACCAACUACAUUUCCAAACUCGCCCAGGACCAUCAAACAUUUGUGAUCUCCAUCCAUUCGCACAUGAAAGUAUGGUGGGACGCCGUGAUGGCCGUGGUGACGUUUUACUCGAUUGUGGUUGUGCCGAUGGACGUGUGCUUUGACUUGAGCACUACGUACGACGGAGUCGUGAGUGUCCAGCGCACGGUGGAGAUUGUGUUUGUGGUCGACAUCAUCCUCACGUUUCGAACGUCGUACCUGUCCAGUGUCUCACUCGAAGAAGUGGUGGACGUGGCGCGUAUCCGGCAGCACUACCUGACGACGUGGUUCUGGGUCGACUGCCUCGGGUCGGUGCCGUCUGACUUGUUUGGCACGUCGUGCCAGCAGUCCCAGCUCGCGUACCUCCGUCUUCUCGUGUUUCUCCGCAUCCUCCGGUUGUCGACGUCGCCGACGUUUGCCGACUUGAUGUCGUGGGCCAGUCGGACGUUCACGUCGUACUUUGUCCGGCUCGUGGUGCUCACAACCAUGUACUUGCUGCUGCAUCACUACAUUGCGUGCUCGUUCUACCUGCUCGUGUUUUAUGAACGCGAUGCCAGUAACCGUCAAUGGACGGUCCCGUUUGAUGCCAACGACACGCUGGACGUCAAGUACGUGAGCUCGUACUACCGCGGACUCCUGGUGACGAGUGGCAGCGACUUGGGUCCUGUGACCAGCGCCGAGCAAAUAUGGGGCACCGCCAUGUUCAUCGUGGGCAUUCUCGCCAACGCAUGCGUCGCGGGGAUCUGCGCCAGCGUUCUAGCCCAAAUGAACAAGGUCGAGGACGAACAGGUCCACCAAAAGGAGUGCAUUCACAACACCCUGCGACACUGCAACGCCGGCGAAGACCUCCAGAAGCGCGUGCUCACGUUCUUCGACAGCGCGCACGGCCGCGAAACCGCCCAUCAUGCGACCGAAAUGUUUCACGGGAUGCCGGAAAAGUUGCACUUCGAGCUCUCGGUGGCCCUGAACCAGUCAUUUUUGGACAAAGUACCGCUGUUUCGAACGCUCGAGCCGGAAGGGAUUGUCGCGUUGAUGGAGUGCGUCGAGGAGACGGUGGCCAUGUCGGGCGACGUCAUCAUCCGCGCCGGCGAAGAGGGCCGAGCGUUUUACAUGAUCAAGAUGGGCAGUGUCGAAGUGUACGAUGACUCCAACGGGCGCCACGUGUCGAUUAAACAAAUGGAGGCUGGCCACUCAUUUGGAGAAAUGUCGCUCCUUCGCAACGGUGUCGCAUCUGCGAGCGUCGUUGCGACGUCGUUCUGCGUGCUUUUGGUGCUGUACAAAGACAUGUUUCAAUGGAUCACACGGGAAAACGACCAAGUGCGAACGUUCUGGGAACGUUCCCGGGUCAAGCAGAUGGAAACGUCUGAAACUGUUGUCCGGCGCGCGUCGCUGGUCUCGACGGUCAGCGAAGUGACCCAACAAGUGGGCGUUAUCCAUUACUUGGCCAACAAAGUCCUGCCCAAGCGCAUGCGGAUCAUGCUGCGCAAGGUGCGCAUGCGAAAAGCGGCGAGGCGGGUGAUGCUUCUCCACCAUCAGCAAAUCAACCGGACCCAGGCCCUGAGCUCGCGAUGUCAAGACAACCUUCACUCAAACACGUCCAACCAUUCUCAACGGUCAGAUACGUCGCACAUCUCCCACGUCCCCCCCCGCCUCGUUCCGGACGGAACAGUGCCGGUACCCACAGGUCCCGACGGGAUGGCCAUUCACGCGGCGGACACCCCGUCGCCGUCUUCGAUCCAUUCCCCACCAAUCGCCGCCGACCCACCGGUCGACGCAGAACCGAAAACCAGUCCCAAGGGGUCGCGGCUCAAGGGGGCGGCCAAAAAGAUGCGCGCAUCGCCCCUCAGCAACGCGCACAUGCUCUUGUCCAUGCUCAAGGGGCGUCAGAUGAGCGCGAGGGCGCUGCUGGCCGUGACCAAGAUGUCCCAGAUCGCCGCCAAGGACAUGGUCGACGCCACGUCCAUCACCAAGGAAAACAUGUUGUACCGGGCGAAUGAAACUUAA